GGUUAAAGUGGUAUGCAACAUGCUUUUCAUCCUGUGGACUGUUUUUUGUUUUAUAAUUCAAACCUGCUACAGAAUUCAGGCCACAAACGUCCAGCAGAAACAACAUACCUUACACAACCAGUCUUACACACUCCAGAUCACCCCGUGUCCACAGAUUACAGUCCAGCCUGGACACGAUGUCACACUGUGCUGUGAGGUGUCCAGUCUCCCAGAGUCCUCCACACUGCAGUGGGAGAGAGAGGGCACUCCCACGGCAAACACCACCCUGUUCUACAACAACACCAUCUUCCUCCUCUUAUACAAUGUUGACCAAAAUAGUAAGGGCAUAUACCAGUGCAACUUGAUAUACAAGGGAAAGGUGAUGAUGAAUGCAACCCAAUUGCUGGAUGUGUCCGAAUAUACAAACCAGAAAAAAUAUAUAUUAUACCGAGAGAGCUCUAACCACAGUGAUGUGUUGCUCGUCUGUAAGUCCAAAAAGUCUUACAGGAGAACCAUGUGGAUCUGGCGGUUAAAGAAGUCUAAUGUAGUAAUGAUAGAAGCAGAACAUGGAGGAAAACCCAAAGCGCACGGACCCAUUGAACCAGGGCAAUGGACAACUACAGUCUACAAAGGCAGUCAUUUCAUUUUUCAUAUUUCACCUGUGAAGUUCAAUUACAGUGGCACAUAUAAGUGUGUGAUGGAUGACAGAGUCAAUUACUCAACUUCUGUACUUCACACCUUAAGAGUCUCUGCAGAGCCCCCUGGUGGUGUGUUCAGGGAUCAGCCCGUGGUUCUCACCUGCGAAGUGUCAGAGGUGACAGAGCAGGUGACCCUGGCCUGGCUGAGCAUGGAGAGAGGCAGAGGAGUGCUGGUCAAACAGGAAGUCCUUACAAAAGGAGGCAACAUGUCCCUCAGUGUAACUGUGAACAGUGUGUGUGAGGAGCAGGUCCUGUGGAAGUGUGCCGUGUUUACUGAGAACAAACUCAGAGCUCUGGUCCCCAUAACGCUCCACCUGCUCUCAACACAAACGCCACCAUCAGGGCAGUCAAACCACACCUCAGUUCCCCCUAAACAAGGAGGCAGAAGAUUAGCAGAGGGCGCAGGGCUGUACGCUGUCGUAAUGGUGUCAUGUGCUAUAACUGUGGGUGUGGCGGUUUUGCUGUUACCUCUCUUCUUCUACUGUCAAAGACAAUCACCAGCUGAGAUGCCAUCCAGACCCGAGCCCAGUCAUCCUGAUCCAACCAUUAAUCACAUUCACUCUGUCAACAGAGAUGGUGUUCGUGUUGCCAUGGUAAAACCUGAGGGUGAGGAGCUCCACUAUGCUUCAGUUACCAUAGCAGGAGUGUGUCGUGGAGCCAGUGGGGAUUUCAUAAACAGCAAGAUACCAGAUGCCGUCAUCUACUCGACUAUCAACAUCAACUGAGGUGCAUGAGGGCUGCUGAGAACAUUUCUGUAAAACUAGAAUUAGGAACCAAAAUGAUCUUCUCCUUUUUCUGCCAUUAUUAUUUUAGUGUUUCCUUGGGUGUGCCCAUGCUUCCCGUUUGGUGCAGUAAAACUUACUCCUGGUUUAGGGCCAUUUGUCAUUUCAGACAUCAGAGUA